AUGUCAUAUGGAGGAUUAGCUAAUAUGUUACUUUUAUGUUUGAUUUCUGUCGAAAGAUACAUUUAUGUGGUAAGACAUGGACUUUCACAACAUUCAUCUUCGACGUUUAGUAUUGUUGCCAUUACUGUAUCCUGUGCUAUUGCUUUGGGUUUUGCCGUAGGUCCACUCGCCGGAUGGAACCAGUACACUUACGAAGGCGUUGGAACGUCAUGCGCAAUGGACCUUAUCGGAGAAGAAAACAAUGGUCAAUCGUUUGUGAUUACAUUGCUAGUUUUCUUUUUCGUCUUGCCUGUUAUAGUAAUGACAUUUAACUACGGAUCAGUUUAUGCUAAGGUACUUAAAGAGUCCAAACCUCAUUUAAGAUCCAGCAAUAAUCAACAAUUAAUUAACAAGAUGAAGAAGUUGACAAUGGAAAAAGAACUGGCUAUUACCGUUGUCUUAAUUAUAGGAUUCUUCCUGUUAUGUUACUCACCUUACGCAAUCUUACUUCUUUGGAAACUUGCCAACAAAGACGUUGACAUUGAUCCUAUGUUAAUGGCCGUUCCUGCCAUGGUAACCAAAAUAGGUGGGAUGUUUACGCCAUUUGUUUAUUUGGGACGUAAUAAAAGCAUUCGGUCUAAAGUCUUAGACUUGUACGCAUGCUGCAAAACAAGCAAUGCUGUUUUCCCGGAGAUCGAUGAUGAAGAACCUCAAGUUCCAGAAAUGAUGACAAAAUCACUGUUGUAA